AUGACAAAUUCGGACAAGGAGAUCGUGCUGGUCACCGGCGGUAACACUGGAAUUGGUCUAGAGGUCGUCCGGAAGUUGCUGCGGGAUCACGGCGACAAGUUCCACGUAAUCAUUGGCUGUCGUACAGUAUCCAAAGGAGAAGAGGCGGCUCAGUCCCUAAAGCAAGACGGCUGCACUGGAGUCGAGACAGUUCAGCUCGACGUGACCAACGAAGAAUCUCUAGCUGCGGCAGCCAAAGCGAUUGAAGAACGCCAUGGGAGGCUUGACGUUUUGCAUGCAAAUGCCGGCAUAGCUCUGGACCUAAAUAACCCUGAUCGCAGCGUGGUGCCAAUGAGCAAAUUGAUCAUGCAGACAAUGGAGACCAAUGUUGCCGGGCAAGCUGCAACUGUCGAGAACUUUGAAUUUCUUCUCAGAAAGGCCGAUAAUCCGAGGGUGAUAUUUAUGUCAACCGGCGCAGGAAGCUUCGAAUUUAUCUCUGACCACAAGGGCCUGGUCUUAACUUGGCCGUCAUACUGCGUGAGCAAGGCGGCGCUGAAUAUGCUGAUGGUUUAUUACUUUCACAAGUUUCCCAAUUGGAAGGUCAACGCCUGCUGCCCAGGGUUCAGAGCUACCAAUCUGAAUAAUUUCGGACAAGGAUCAGGGGGGGCCAAGCCCGGACCUGUCGAUGAAGGAGCUAUCAACGCAGUCAGGCUUUCGCUGCUGGGGAAAGAUGGAGAGUCUGGUACAUAUACUCAACUUGAGGGGACGGAUGGAUGGCGUACAGUGGGAUGGUAA